AUGUCUGAGAUCCUGCCCUACAACGACGACAAAGUGGCCCGCUAUGGCACCGACUCGGAGGUGGGCGACAUCUCCUUCAGCUGCCGCCUCCAGGACACCAACUCCUGGGGCAACCAAUCCAAGCGGCCCCCCAAGUUAGGACAGAUCGGACGAGCCAAGCGAGUGGUCAUCGAAGACGAUCGAAUAGACGAGGUGCUGAAGGGCAUGGCUGGGAAGUCGCCGUCCGGGGUAUAAAGCGGGCACCGCAGCGCCUCUGCAUCAGCUGCAGCGGAUUCCCCCGAAUUUUUAAAGCACUUUUGGCUGUGCAUGUUUGUUGGGAUUGUGGACAAACCAGAAAAGCACGGAAGAAGAUGAGGCUGCUGGCAACACUCUCCACCUCCAACGCGACCCCGGCCCGAAGAAGGAACUGAUGUGUGUGGGGGGGCC